AUGGAAGCCACCGAUUACUCAGCACUGACUCCCGGGCACUUCCUGUUAGGUAAAGCUCCUAUGUCAUUACCUGAAGUCGACAUUCCUGAGCCAACACCCACCAAUCGACUCACCAGGUGGAAUAGAAUACAGAAAAUGCAGCAGUCCUUCUGGAAACAAUGGUCGCAAGAUUAUUUGGCUACACUACAGCAACGGAAUAAAUGGACCACUCCCCAGCCUAACCUCCAAGUCCACGAUCUCGUUCUCCUCAAGAAAGAAAAUAUGGCUCCCACUCAGUGGCCCCUAGCCAGAAUCCUCGAGGUGCACCCCAAUCCUGCAGACCACUUCGUGCGAGUUGUCACACUGAAGACAAAGGAUUCGGUGCUAAAGCGUCCUAUUAAUAAACUCAUAAGACUGCCUAUCGAACAUUAG